CCUCUCCCCACCCACACACCGACCCAGCGACCGCAUGGCCCUGGAAACGAUCCCCACGGAGGUGCUGGAGCGCAUCGCCUUCGCCGCAUCGGCGCACCCGCUCCCGGGCCCGCCGACCGCGCUCGCGCGGCUGCAGCGCACGAGCCGCACCCUGCACACGCGGCUGUGCCCCGCACACAAUGCGUACCUGCACGCCCGCGUGUUCGCGGCGAAAUUCGACCCCCCGCGCGCGCUUCUGCGGGACGACGCGGCGGCGGGGGCGGGCCGCCACGUGGUGCUUGCGCGCGAGCUCGAGCGGCAGUUCGUGCUGCUCGGGCGGCUGCGGCGGUCUGCGGCGGCCCGUGAGCGCAACGACGGAGGAGACGCUGGCGAGGAGGAGGAGAAGGAGGAGGAGGAGGAGGAGAAGGGGUGGGUACGGGAGGCGCUGGUGCAGUGCUACCUGAUGAUGCUGGAGAACGAGGGGAAGAACGAGGUGCAGCUGGACGGGUACGGCGGGAUGGGUGCGUGGGUGCGGCGGUACCUGUUUGACCCCGAUCACGGACUUUUCUCUGCGUCGAGUCCGCUCUCGGUCAUGGCGACGCAGUGGCCAGUGCAGACGGUGUAUACCGCCUGUGCGAUGUGGCUAUUCUGGUUCCUCCUCAGGCCGGACGAGUUACCCGAGGACGACGCGCUGUCGUGGAACAUCCUGAACACACUCAAAAUCUUCGCUCUCGCCGCGCACAAGUACCCCAUCGCCCACGUCUCCUGGGCGCACUUCCACCCCCCGCAGGACGAGCCGCACACAGCCGCCACGGCGACGUACUACUCGGACGUGCACCGUCUGCGCAUCCCGCCCGUCGGGGCGCCCACGAUCCUGUCCUUCCUCUCGAUCGUGAACCUCAAGACCAAGUUCGUCGACUUCUCGGCCCCGCCGUACGCGAGCACCGCGGAGACGGCGGCGGGGCCUGCAGGGCCGCGGUGGGCGUCGGAGCUUGCGCGGUGUCUGAGCAUCAGCCGGCCGCAGCUGGACACGCAGCUCCAGGCGGCGUUUCGGCCGGGCAGCAUCGACGGGACCUGGGAAGGCAUCUUCACCUACACGGAAUUCGCGACGUACGCCGCGAUGCUGCAGGGCGCGCCGCCGCCGCUGCUGCAGAAGUGCGUGAUCGUGCGGCACCGGCAGACGUGGAUGCUGCGGGAGUACCACUUUGUCGGCAACGAGGGGGACGACAAGUACAGCGACGCGCCGCUGUCCGCGGGCGACCCGCGCUCGGCGUACGUGCCGAUCUCGAUGCGCAUGCAGACGGACGACGGGCUCGAGUUCGUUGAGCGCGCCCGGGAGAAGCCGAUCCGGUAUCGGAGAGCGAGCAAGGACACGGCUGCGCGUGGGGUGCAGGAUAUCAUCAUCGCUGGCGAGGGUCAUUCAGCUUGGGGUCAAUUCGGGCUCGUCGGCCGCGUGCGCCCGUGCGACGGCUUCGUCGCGCUGUGCAAGGACUACAUGGACCAGGACCGCGGGAAGUGGGUGUACUCGGGGUUCCUCGUGGGCAACGCGAUCAGCCACUUUGCGGGCCGGUGGCGGGACACGAUCAGCGACCCCGACGAGCCGGGGUACGAGGGCUGUUUCCUGAUGGCGCGGCGGCAGUGAUGUGCUACUGAUUUAGAUGAUCUAUGUACUGAUAUGCAAUGGAUGUAUACACAAUG